GUCACACACAGGACGCAACCACACCGCUGGCGACUGGGUUUCCGGUUCUGGUCGUUUCCCGUGGCGACAAAGAGCUUCAUGGCGACACUGACAAUAUUUACUAACUGAAACGCUAUAUUGUAGCCUCCGGUUCGUUUUCCUGGUAUCUGUGUCCUCCCGUUUUAACCGUAAAUCAGUGUACGUGGAGGCAGCACGGUAAGAGUGGAUCAUGCCGAGCAGAGCAGCAGUGUUGUGUUAGUAGAGUCAAAAUGGCGUCUGCUUGCCCACUCAACACUCGUUUAAUCCAUCUGUGAUUAGCCUGAUAGACAGUGUCAGCCGGCCUGUGACUAUAUCCCGGUGGUUUUGGUUCGGUUUUCCACGCUGACACAGUCGGAGCACAUUUCAGCGUCAUGUCGGACUCGGAGGAGGACACCCAGGACAGGCAGCUUAAAAUUGUAGUGAUUGGAGACGGUGCGUGUGGGAAGACAUCACUCGCCACCAGGUUUGCACAGGAGGCCUUUGGGAAGCAGUACAAACAAACCAUCGGCCUGGAUUUCUUUCUGAAGAGAAUAAGCCUUCCAGGAAACUUGAACGUGACCCUGCAGGUGUGGGACAUCGGAGGCCAAACGUUAGGAGGGAAAAUGCUGGAUAAAUACGUAUACGGAGCUCAUGGGGUUCUCCUGGUUUACGACAUCACCAACUACCAGAGCUUUGAGAAUCUGGAGGAUUGGUUCAGCAUGGUGAAGAAGGCCAACGAGGAAUCUGACAUCCAGCCUGUCGUCUCCCUGAUUGGGAACAAAAUCGACCUGGAGCACAUGAGGACAGUGAAAGCUGACAAACACCAGCGUUUCUGCCAAGAGAACAGCCUCAUCAGUCAGUUCGUAUCAGCCAAGACGGGGGACUCGGUGUACCUUUGUUUCCAGAGAGUGGCUGCUGAGAUUCUUGGUGUAAAGCUAAACAAAGCAGAAAUAGAGCAGUCCCAGAGGAUUGUGAAGGCUGAGCUCGUGGACUACCCUCAGGAUGAAGGCCCAAUUAGACAAGACAACAACCAGCAAAGCAAAAUAUGUUCUGUUCAAUAGUUGGAACGUGUGGUGAAGGCAGACAUCGUGAACUACAGUCAGGACACCGUGGCCAGGACAGUCAACCCCCCUCGCAGCUCCAUGUGUGUGUUGCAGUGACCCCCUCUCCAGACACGCACACACGCACACACACACACGCACACACGCACACACGCACACACACACACACACACACACACACACACAGUGUCACUCUUCAAGAUGUAAAAUUGCCUUCGGUCAGUAUUCCUCUUCUUGGGUUUGUGGGGUGACUGGAUGAAAUGUGUUAGAGUGUGUUCUCUGUAUUUCUGUGUGUGAGUCGUACGGGUGAGAUGAAGAACAGACCGUGUGGUUUUCGAGGCCUUGGCCUGUAGUUCGGAUAUUUAGCAAGAAUGAUUUCUUUGGUGGUUUACCAAAAAGGAAGCGGGAACUCCGUUAUUUUUUUUUUCUCCAAGUUUACACGCAGCUAUCAUGUUAUUUCUAUGAUUCACCUUAAAAAAUAUAAAAAUAAGACUUUUACGUAUUAGAAUGAGGCUGAUGUUUAAAACUGAAAUCAAUAAUUGGAAUAUUUUUAUAUAUCAGUAUAUUUUCCUCUGUCCGUGAUAUUAGAGACAUUUAAAUGAGUAGAUAUGCUGCAGUAUAUUUGUAAGGACCAUCAACACCUGUCAGAUCCACCUCUGCAAAGUGAAUUUGUUGUAAGACUUAAACAGGGAGUUGAAACCAAAUGCUCUUGUAUGCGUCUGUGGUGCUCCUCAGUUGAACAGAUAGGCAUUAAAAAAAGCUGUAGUGGACUGAAAUGAAUCUGUUUUCAAUUUGCCAAUUAGGGGCUUGCACCAGCAGUGCUGUGACGUCAACUGUGUACUGUGUUAUUUUACAUAGGAAAAUAUAAAUUUACAAUCUUAAAUCAAUAUUUACAUUUUAUAUUCUUUAUUAUUCAGAUAAUAUCCAAAUCAUGAAAUAGCAACUCUGUUCUCCAGAUGUUUUGUGCAGGGUCCACAUUACAUUGUGAUCAUACAGCUUUACAUUUUCACACUGUGUAACAUUCCCGGGUUCAUCCUGUUCAUAAUAAUUCAGAUGCUGUGUUGAUAAAGUGUUGAUGAAGGUUGGUAAAUAUGACUCAGGAAGUACCCGAGUGUCGAGCUGAGCGUGAGCUGAGCUGAAAUAUACAACAUUUUAUUAGAGGUCUCUACAUAGCCUUAUUCAGCUGUCCGUUCUAGAACAGAAGUUUGCAUCGAAGAAUGGCUAUGUCGCAUGAAAUGCCUCAUAGGAUCUUCAUUUUAAUAGCCUGUUUGUCAGUAUGUGUAUUCUUAGAGACAACUGAGAUAUUAUACGUUUAACCAGUUUUGUCACAGUAGUUUUUACAUGAUGGUUCGUGUUGGCAUGUUUUAAUGUGUCGUUCACCGACAGAAAUGUCCGCCAUAUGUGUAAAAUAUGUAUUUGUACAAUAAAAGCUGUAUUUCAAAGCUGCUUUCAUGGAUUAGAAAUGAUCAGAACACAUCCUGUAAAUCCUGAACAUGUAAACAAACUGUAUGCUUUAAAAAAUUAAGAAUGUACAGGUUAAAGUGAAUGUUUAGUUGACAUAAACAGUGACUCAGUUUUGUGUUUCUAAAUAAAAAUUGAACAUGGAAAACC